AUGCUGUAGGACUCAUUGGCUACACAACAUCUCAAGAUGAAUUUAAGAGAGUCUCAAAUAUAAGACUAUGAAUAUCAGCCAUAGACCUGUGAUUUAAUAAAGAGGAAGCUGCGCUUCUCGAACAACAAAGGUCCGAUUGCGCUGUCGUUCGGUCGUACUACUAACAAAUACUUCACGGUCGAAUUUCAAGAAGACCGCGUAUACCGUGGACUAAGCUCUCAGCAGUCACUACAGAAGAUCCAAUAUGGUGUCCGUUUUUCAGCGGUUUACGUCGGAUGCCCGUAUUUUGAGGUAAAAUCGUUAUCCGGCGAACGCGGGGUUAGCGGUAAUUAUGAAAAUUCGAUUGAAAGUGUCGGGCCGCACGUAAAAGUUCUCAUGCCACUGUGUUUCGCGCACGAUCGACAGCCGUGAGAGAGAGAGAGAGAGACCAGUGCCUCGAAGACAGAGUGGCGAAACCCCCUCUGUCUUUUGGUGUGUUGGAAUUUUACGAAAUAAAAAAAUACUGAAAAUUCGAAAAUGGAAAGUGACAAGGUGGAGGCUGGCGCGGGAGUGAGUGAUUCCGAGGCGUCGGCGAUAAAAAUUAAAGAGACGAAGCAGAACUCGAUAGCGGAUGUCACGACGUUAGAUAUAAAGUCACGUCUCAGUUUGGAGACGACGACGGAGGCUCGCAGCUCGGAGCCUCACGUCAACGGGGUAGCUCAAAUGAACGGUAUCUGCGACUCUCCUCAAAGAACUGCCGAUGUCGCUGAUCUUUCCCUACAAUCUGGAACAAUGGAAACUAGUCAUUUAAACCAACAUGAACAAGUUGAAACAUUAGCUGCGGAAAGUAAAGACAACGAUAUCCAAUAUGUUAGCUAUACGAGCGAACUGCAAAUGCCUGAUAUUAUGAAAUUAAUACAGAAGGACCUAAGUGAACCAUAUUCUAUUUACACAUAUAGAUAUUUUAUUCAUAAUUGGCCGAAAUUGUGCUUCCUGGCGAUGCAUGGUGACGAGUGUGUCGGUGCCAUUGUCUGCAAACUGGAUAUCCAUAGGAAGGUGAUAAAGCGUGGUUACAUCGCGAUGCUAGCCGUCGACGUGAAAUAUCGGAAACGGAAGAUCGGCUCGAAUCUCGUGAGGCGAGCUAUUCAAGCGAUGGUGGAGGACGACGCGGACGAGGUGGUCCUGGAGACAGAGAUCACCAACAGACCAGCUCUACGUUUAUAUGAAAAUCUUGGAUUCGUACGUGAUAAACGGUUAUUUCGGUAUUACUUAAACGGCGUGGAUGCAUUACGACUGAAGUUAUGGCUCAGGUGAAAUUCAUCUGCGUGCUUAUGUCAAUAGGUAUUUAAAUAAUUACAAUGUUGAAGAGAUAUAACACCUAUGCUCUACCAUGUCAGAAGAAGUAUAUGACAUUAAUGUCAAAGAGAUUAUAUUUCCACAAACGUGCUUUCAAUACGAUUUGCUUUCCAAAAAUGUCAAAAACGAUGCGUGGAAGAUCAAUCCUCCAAUUUCUUGGAUCAGCUCAAUCGUUCGUACAACUUUUGCAUUGCUAGAGGAGUAUUCCUAAAUACUUACCUGUGCAAAUCAUUUUUCACGACGAGUAUAUUUCUUUUGCCUGUAGAUGAAAAUCUGCUCUAACAGCCUACAUACUGACGGUUCCAUCUAUUAAAAAUCAGAAUCUUAAUAUAUGCGUAGAUGAAGAUAUUGUAUAAUUUGUUAAUAGUGCCUAACUGAUUGUUACUUAUUUUGUUAUAAAUUCGCUGGAGUUCCUUUGAUAUUAAUGUCAGUGAAAGGGAUAGAUUUCAAAUGCAGCUUGAAGAUAUAAAAUUAAGGGGCGAUAUGUGACAAAAUCGAGACUGUGAAAAGUGUACUGAAAAAUAAUCAAUGUUUGCUGCAUCUCACAUUGAUGAAGUGCACAUCUUGAAGCAAUGUAUAUAUUCCUUAUAUUAUAAUUGACUCGUCUUACUUCGAUAUUACGUUAUUACGAAAAAUUGUGAUUCGAUUGUGUAGAAAAUUUUAUGGAAUAUGGUUGUUUAUAAGGAACACACGAGAAGAAAUUUAUGGAUUUGUUGCUCUCGCAUCUAACACAAUUUAAUUUAUUCGCUUUAAUCAUCUCAUCGAAUAAAUGAUAAAAAGAGGAAACUGCAGACAGCUGUCGCAUGAUGUUGCAUCAAGUGUACAAUUUUGUCAGUGUGUGAACGGCAGUUUAAUAGAAAAUAAAACACAAAGUCCGAGGGAAAGAGAGGAAACCUUUAGAUAAAGUAUUCCCGAUUGAAAUUGUAAAGUGAUAUACGGAAAUAUCGAUAUUUAUAUUAAACGAUGGACACACGCAAGGAGAGGGGAGAGAAGAAAAAAGAAUUAUCGUUUACGAAAUUGAAAUAUUUCGAAGGAAGUACGUCUCUCGCGCGACACGAUUGAACGCAAGGAGCCGUGCGCAUUACUGUCUACCUAUUAUAUCUAUCUUUGUAUAAAAUAAAUGCGAAGCACAGAUCAUAAUGUAACUAUUAAAAAAAUGUAAAAAAUGUUAAUAAAAAUACAUAAAUGUUUUUA